AUGACUACUGGUGUAUUUCAGUUGAUCAAAACUUCAGUAGCGCAGGUGCUGGUGGCCACAGAGACGCAGGCUGAGAGUCCAGGCUGGAGCUGUUUGGGUUGUGGUGCAGUGUGUCUCUUUGAGGAUGAGUCCCUUCGCUCCUACUUCCUGCGUCUGUACUGUGUGAAGCGAGCAAAGUUACUGUGGGAGCAGGAGCUGUACAUCCCAUUCAAGUACGCCGCAACUCGCAUGUACUUCCACACUUUCCCUGCAGAUGGCCACCAGGUAGGCCUCAACUUUGCAAAUGAGAUCGAGGCAGAGGAAUUUCAUCGUGCAGUGGAGGCUGUCCAAAGAGACCAAGAAAAGAUGACCAGGGUGUGUAAAAAAGCCAACGCUGACAAAGAGGACAGCUCAACAAGUGGCUCACCUGAUUCAGGCAUCAAGCCGCUUCACCAUUUGGAUGGGGAGCCACAUUCCCCCGUGGAUGCAACAGCCACAAAAGUUGCACCAACCACCAGUUCACUAACGGAUUUAGACCCAUCUAUGAGGAGGCUGUUGAUGCAGGCAAAAGUCACCGAGGAAGGCCUGAAAGACAAAGACACUGCUGAAGCUGUCGACUGCAUCAUCAACCAGUUUGGAGGACUGAAGGUUGUGCAGAGAGAGCUGAGGAACAGAGGCCCGGUGUCUCAAACAUUGCCAAGAGCUGCAGGAGCGUCCAUCUUCCUCGCUCUGGGGAAAGGGCCUCUGCCGCUGGUCCCCUCCAUCAAAGACACACUAUGCCGCAGUCCCAUUCCCCCUUGGAUUCCUCCCCCUCCACCAGCUCGCGCUCCAGUUGACCCAGAGAGGAUCAGAAAGAGCGCAAGUUUCAAUCAUGUGGGCUCCUCAACAGCUGCAGAAAGAAGUGAUCUCAUCCUGGCUGCAGUGAGAGAAGUGUUCAGAGAAAAGAAGCCGCUCCAGCAGAGCACACGUGCAGAGGGGGGUCAAACAGGGGUGGACACCGACAUGCAAUGAUGUGUGCCUUUGAAGAAGUUUUUA